AUGACUCUCGACGAUGGACACAGUGCAAAUGGCGGAACUUUCGGAGUAAACGGUGCAAGCAAUGCGGACAGUCCAAAUAGCUUAACAACCGGAUUUUCUGGGGCAGGAAAUAGAAUGGGGAUGAACCAAAUGGGCCCAAAUACAGCAGUUUGGAAUAGCCCGUGGUUUCAAGAAGCAUAUCACAAUGCACAGGAGUUCUAUGAAAAAGACAAGGUUUUGGAUCCCAAAGACAGGUUAGAGUUAUCAAAAAUAUAUCUUUCCAUUGCGAGAGCACAGUUGUGGUCUGGCUGGGUAGCAUUUGGUCUAGUUACGAGUGUGCCUUUUGUUCUUCAGUAUAAGAAGACUGGGGGUGUCAAGGGAACGAAAGUUUCACGAGCUUUCGCAUUUGGGUUUUUGUCCAUGUUUGCUGCUACGCAAGCUGGGGGUUCUCUUAUGUAUAAGUCAAAGCUCGCAAGCAUCCGUCCAGAAACACUUGAAGAUGAUCCUAAUGUUCCUAAAAGCAGUCGCCAAAAACAGUAUGAAAUGAUGAAAUUGUUGAACAUGGGAAUGCCAACAAGAUGGGCAACGUAUUUCAACCUAACGUACAGAAAUCCAGAAAAGAGAAUCCCAGACCCUAAGCUAACCAUGGAAAAAUUGAAGAAUGGCCAGGCAACAACGAGGAACAGGUCGGUCAUGUUUGAUAAUAAAGAUCCGAUGGGACUAUACACGGGUCCUCAGUUUGAAAAGAAGGAGGGAGUGCCAAAAGCUGGUGCCAUCUCACCUCCAGCUCAACAGGUACCUCAACAGGUACCUCAAAAUGAUGAAUAUGAUCCAUUUAAUGAAGAAGAUAACAAAGAAGAGGAGUCGCUGUCAGCGUGGGAUAGGAUCAGGAAGGAAAAUGCUGUCGCAGACACAAAAGCAGGUAAUUCUUGGGAAGAAAUACGGAAAAAGAAUUACGACAACUCACCCAAAUAA